CACCUUAGUCGUCGGUAGUUUUAGUUAAAAUGCUUGUGAGGUUUUUAAUUCUUCUUGCACUUGUUCUUGGCAUGAUUUAUGCAGAGCCAUACAACUGCAGAGGUGUUUAUAAUCCAUCAGAUUACAUUGGUAAACUUCGAGUUCCAACGGAUUGCAAAGUUGAACAGCUAGACUGCCCAGCUUCCUGGAAGUCAGGAAUUCCUAAAGGCAGCGAAACAUCUGCACCAAUGAUUUACCAGACGUUUCUGAACUGUCAUGAAGGUUUUACUUUGUGUGGAUACGUCCCGAUCGAUCCAAAAUCUGGUGACGUCCUUGGGCAAAGUGGCGUUACGAUUGGCGCUGGUGUUGAUUUUGGAAGCAAGUCGAGGGCGUAUUUCACGUCAUUGAGUAUAAGCCCCGCACUUGUUGACAAAGUUGAACCUUAUUUUGGUUUGAAACGAAAUCUCGCUGCUUGUGCUGCAAUUGAACGUCCCUUGAGCCUAACGCUAGCGGAGGCAAACACUUUGACAGACACUGUUAAAGGCGAUUUUGUUAAUAAAGUUUCAAAAAGAUACGACAGCGACAAAGAUGAGAAUGCGCUGGCGUUUGCAUCAGUUCCUCGUGGUAUUCGUACAGCCAUCGUCAGCGUUUGGUAUCAGUUUGGUUAUCCUUCGGCGUAUCCAAAGUUCUGGGGAUUUGUGAAGAAAAAUGAUUGGGACAAUGCGAUAAAAGAACUGAGAAAUUUUUACAAGAAUCCGAACGAGCAAGCUAGAGGAGAUUUGAUCAGACGAAACAACGAAGCAGACAUAAUUGAAGCAACUCUCUUGGAAUGCAACCGCUCUGUUGACGUUGUUUUCUUGAUAGACGAGUCUGGCAGUGUUGGAAGCACAAACUUUCAAAAAAGCCUAAAUUUUGUAGAGAACAUGAUAAAAGCAUUUCCCGAUGGUAAACUCAGCGGAAAAGAUGGCACCAGAUUCGGUUUGUCCACAUUCAGUUCCGGCUACAGAUCACAUUUCUAUUUAUCAAGCUACACAGAUCAGUCAGCCUAUCUUUCCGCAGUUAAUCGAGUUUCCUACUCAGGUGGAGGUACCAGACUAGGUCGAGCUCUACAACACAUUUUAACCUAUCAGUUCACCGAAGAACGAGGUCUGCGUCCUGAAGUAGAUGGCGUACCUCGUGUUUUGAUUGUUCUAACGGACGGUCAAUCGCACGACGUUGUUUCAAUUCCAGCAAAGAAUGUAAGAGAUGAAAACAUCGUUGUUUAUGCAAUUGGAAUCGGCGGGUAUAAUCGUACACAACUUAAGGAGAUUGCUACUUCUGAGUCACAUGUUUACACGCUGUCUACUUUUACCCAACUUGCGAAAUUCAUUUCCACGUUAACGGCGUCAACAUGCUAUGAACCCCGUUCUGCGUCUCUUAACGAGACCAUUAUAACAAACGUAGCAAAGGACACGUAUCAGUAUUUCAGUUACAAAGUAAAGGAAUCUUCAAACCUCGAAAUCAAUGUAGUUGAUUUAUCUGGUAGCACGCUUGUUUACGUCUCUCGGACGAAUCCUCACCCUUACAAGUACGACUAUGACAUUGUCUACGACCUUUCAACCCAAACGGACAAAAUCAUCGUCAUUACACCCAUUAUACAUGUAGCAAAUACAAAGCCAAAAGUUAAACGGUCAGCUGACGACGAGCUCACCCGACAAAUCUAUGUCUCGGUGACUUCCGACACCGAAUCGGCUUCGUUCAAGAUUGAAGGCAACGAAUGUAAUCCCUUGAAUUGUACGGAGGGAACAAAUGAAAUGCCCACAACUCAACCUCCUACCACUCAGCUUCCUACAACUACCGCUAAUGCUACACCAGCUGCUACAAAAACGACAUCCUCAGCUCGUGUUGUUAUCGCUACAAAAUUCGUCGUGGUAAGUUUUGCGAUGUUGAUGAUCCUUUUUGAAAUAUAUGACAUUUGAACAUUAUCUCGUUUGUUAUCUAAGAUACAAACAGGCGAGGACCUUUCUUUAUUUUCAUAUUUCUUAGUUGUAAACAUUAUAUAAUCAAUACUCAUUGCACGUAUGUUAAUUUCAAG